AUGCCGCCGUUUCUAUCUGUUCUGUUCAUAUGCGUUGGCCUAUGUGGAGUACUCAUUCAUGGAUGGGGUCCUGUGGGUCAUAGUUUAGUCGUUCGUCUAGCAGAAACUCAGUUAAAUAGUUCUGAAUUCGAUUGGCUACGUUCAUUGGUGCCCUGGUUUCUUAAUGGCAAUUUAAGUUCUAUGGCUUCAUGGCCAGACGUUAUUGUUAAUCCUAAUACAAAUCCUAUCGGCUAUCAAAAUUGGAUAUGGACUAAAGAAUUACAUUAUAUUCAUAUACCCGAUUGGAAUUGUACAUAUUUACCUGAAAGGGAUUGCCAACAAGAUCGAUGUGCUGAAGGUGCAAUAAACAAUUAUACAAAACGUGUUGUUGCUCCAUUGAGUGGACUCAUUGAUGAGACACAACGACAAGAGGCUUUAUACUUUAUUCUUCAUUUUGUUGGAGAUAUUCAUCAACCGUUACAUGCUGGCUUUACUAGUGACAAAGGUGCUACUUUGGUUAAAGGCUAUUUCAUGAAUGAAACCGAACAAACUGAUCUUCAUUGGUUAUGGGACAAUGACAUGUUAAUGUAUCGUUUACAUCAUCAUUUUUCAUCGGAUGUUGACAAAUAUUUUAGUUAUCUCUAUUCGCUAAUGAUGAAUCUACCAUCUACAAACGAAAUUAAUAGUGACACAGAUUACAAAGUGUGGAUUAAGGAAGAUACUGAAAUUGUCUGUUCACAGAUCUAUCUCGAUGAUAACAAUCAAACGUUUACUACGUCGUUCAAUUUGGGUGAACCUUAUUUUGAACGAAAUUAUGCAGUGGUCGAUAAGCGAGUCGCUCAAGCGGGUCGUCGUCUUGGUAUACUUCUCAAAAGUUUGAAACCUGAAACUCCUUACUCAUCAUGUAAUACAGUUCGUUCGAGUGGACUUGUUAUCAUUAUUAUGCUCAGUAUUGUGAACUAUUGUCAUUCAUAUAAAAACUGA